AUGCCCACUUGUAAGUACACGGGUAGUGAAGACCCACUAACUCAUGUGGAGAACUUCAAAAUCCAAAUGGACUUUCAAGGAAUCAGGGAUGACCUUAGGUGUCGAAUCUUCCCUGCAACCCUCACGGACACGGUGCAACAAUGGUUUACUAAACUACCCCCAAGGAGAAUCACUUCUUGGGAUGAGUUUGAAGGGUUAUUCUAUACCCAAUUCUCUUCAGCCCGACAAAUGCCAGCGGAGUUGGAUGACUUGGUCACCAUCAAGCAGAAGCCCGAUGAGCCACUAAAAGACUACAUUCAACGCUUUAUGCAGGAGGCAACCAAAGUAAAAAAUUUGAGCGAUGAUGGCAAGCAGGCUGCCAUCACGGGGGGCAUUUUGGUGGGAUGUCGGUUGUGGAAAGAUACAAGGCGGAAACCAACCCAUACUAUGAAAGACUUCCUUGACAGAGCUGAUGAGUUCAUUAAACUAGAAGAGGCUGAAUGGAACGCCAAAGGCCUCAACAAAGCUAAGGGAAACAAGAACGGAGCAAGCACUAGUGGCCAAGGCUCCCAUGGUCAGGAGAGUAAUAAUAAAAAUGGCUUUAACAAUGGAAAGAGGACCAACAACGAUAAUGGUGGAAACAACUUUAUUAACAACAAAAAGCCAAACAAAGCAUCCUCAUGA